AUGAAAUUGAUAAUCUCAGUCGUCGCUAUUGCAGCCGUCGUAUCGGCAAGACGGAUCUACAAUGAACAACAACAACUGGAGAACUAUCGGAAUGCCGCUGAAACUUACCAAUCAGCUGCAGAUUACCCGCACGAGAGCUAUGCUGACCAUUCACAAGCUUACAAAAGCCAGCAAACAGAAAGUAUCAGCAGGCCACUAGCUGAGAAAACGGCCAAGAUAUUACACUACCAUUUAGAAAAUAAUGAUCAUAAUUACAAUUAUGGUUACGAGACUGAAAAUGGAAUCAAGGCUAAAGAAAUUGGUCAAACUCAGAAAGGAACUAAGGUGGAAGGUGCUUAUUCCUACACAGGCGACGACGGUCAAGUUUACACUGUUACGUACACCGCCGAUGAGCACGGAUUCCGAGCUCAGGGUGCUCAUCUGCCCAAACCUCUUCCAGUCCCAGAGGCUAUAUUAAAAUCUCUUGAACAGAAUGCAAAAGAUGAGGCUAACGGAAUUUUUGAUGAUGGACAUUACAAAGACUCCCAAAAUCAAGAUCAGAAUUACCAGCUGAAUGCAGCGGCGUACCAACAGAACAAUUACCAUGCCGCUUCAGAACCGAUAAAUGUUGUUGAAACUGGAUAUCAUUAA